CGAGCCAAGAACAGAGUGAGCCCACAAAAAUCCGAUAAGAAUAUUAACCAAAAUGCUAGCCUGCAAGCUUAUUCUCUCGCUGGUGAUGGCAAUGCAUUGCAUUCAAGUGCUAAUGGCUGCCUGUGUGUGCUCCGAGAAGGGUACGGACUACUGCUCAAGCUGUCAGGGAUCCACAGUGAUCCGUCCCAAGCCCAGAUACUACGAACCCAGUGAUGUGAAUCUCUCGCCCAUUGGAGACAACUGCUGGUGUAGCAAACAGCUGAUCGAACCGGCCCAAUUGCCCAAGACCUGUGGAAAAACCACGCCGUGCAAGCCCACCUGUUCGUGCCAGCAGGUCACCUCCGACAGCAGCUAUGCAUCCAGUUCCAGCUCGGGAUCCGUCUACGGAAACAUUGAUUAUGCCGCUGAAAAGACAAAGGACAACAGUCCGGCAGCGGAUCCCAUCAGUGUCAGUCUGGCUGCCCAAGCCGGAAAGGCCAUUAAUGUACCAGAGGCCAAGUUGGCCUACGGAUUCGCUCAAAAACCCAUCGAUGGUGAGACAAAAGUGGUCUUCUCCAAUGUGCCCGAGGAGAAUCUCUUCAAGCUGAAGAGUGAGGUGAUCACACUGAAGAAGCGGAACUAUGCGGCCAAGCAGGAAGAGGAGGAGGAGUACGCCGAGGAGGAACAGGAGCAGGAACAGUCCUCCGACGAUGAGGAGGCGCCGCAGCUCACCUACAAGCAGCUGGGCUAUAUCACCGAACAGUAUAAGAACCCCAAGUUCAAGAAGAUUAGCAGCUCUUCUAGAUCUAGUUAUGCCUACAAGGACUCCAAGGAUUAUUCCAGCGAGGGCUAUGGCAAAGUGGCUGGCAAAGUGUCCGUAGACUGUGGCUUCAAGCCAGGCAGGAUUACCUCAUACCGAAAGGCCAAACGAGAGGAGUCCGAAGAUGGCUACUAUUAAUCUAAUACCGAUCUUUCUGCUUUGUAAAUAUGUAUAUAUGCUGGGGAGUUAAUGGAUGUCUGUCUAAGUUAGGUUUAAAAAUAUAUAUAUAAAUUUAUAUAAAGUUAUUGUUAUUUUUAUGAAAUUGGGAGAAAUUGAAAAGUAUUUUGAUAACUUUCUAAGAAGCCAAAGAAAAUUUACUUCUUUAUAAAAGUUAUUUAUUUACUUAUUUGUUAAUCAUAGUAACUAUGUAAACAGAGAACUAAGAGAACUAAGGCACGCUUUUAGUUUAUUAUGCUGACAAUAAAGUUAGAUGCUAAAAGGUAA